AUGUGUGGAUUAUUGCUUGAGUUAUUGCGCACAACUCCUGGACGUUGGGCGUCCUGUUGGUGUCCAUGGGCAGCUGACGACUUCUUGAGCAUCGAGGGUAUAUCGUUGUCGGGAGUAAUCUUCAGAUCCCCGGUAGCGUUCACGUUUGUAGAUGAAAUAGAUGCCUUGGACAGAUCUGGACGGUCUGUCGGUUUGGAUGGAGGGAACACUGGCGAAACCACAUGGCGCGGACUCUUGGGUUUCUUUGGCUCGGAAGACUCCUGCGACGAGUCCAUUUUGUCGAGGAACAGUCCGCUCAACAGCGAACGCUUAAUGGUUGGAUUCUCUGGGUUUUUGUGA